GUCAACGCUGCGCGUUUGGCCGUGCGUACAUCGUAGUCCGUACGCUACACGUUAUUUACGCGAGAUAACGUUACGGAGAUAACUACGGUCGCUCCGUUCGACGCGCACACUGCGCCAGUGAUGAGUGCUGUCCACCGUCGCCACUAACGUUAAUGUUUUUUUGCCCUUUUUGUUUUUACCGAAGUGGUUUCGCCGCCGAAAUAAGUUGUGUCAUAUUAAAAAUAAUUGUGACGAAAUAUUAAUCGCAUAUGUGUGCAAAAACGAGUGUGAUCGCAUUGCGUUCAACGUGUUCGUAGUAGAGAAUUCGAUAAUAUCACCUUAAUAAUAUGGUUUGUGUUUAUUAUGAUUAAGAAAAUAUUCUAAUUGUCGUGACCGCAGUUGUGUAUGGUUUUGCGUGAAGCCGACUCGUUGCCCGAAUCGAGGGACGACUGUGUAACGUGAUAACGACUAACGAUAAUAUUAUUCGCUACAAAUAAUAUUAUAAUAAUGAUCGUGUGGUGAACAUUUGAUCAAAUAUUACGUGUGUUCGAGUGCGUGUCAGAUCGUAGAAGAACGUCAUGAAGAAGUUCACGUUCAAAGGCGUUUUAGACGGCAUACGGUCGUCGGUAGCACCUCAGAUCAAACCAGAGCAGGAGAUAGUGGAAACUCUCAGACCCGAAAACUUCCAAGUGGCAAAGACAUUUCGCCAUGGAUUUCCAUACCAACCAACUGCUCUUGCCUUCGAUCCUAUUCAGCGGUUAUUGGCCAUUGGCACGAAGAACGGGUCCCUACGAAUUAUCGGAAGGCCUGGAGUAGAUGCUCAGGUUAGACAUGAAUUGGAGGCAGCCGUUGUUCAGGUGGAAUUUUUAAUGAAUGAAGGUGCCUUGAUUACCGUAACAGCAGAUGAUAGUUUACACCUAUGGAAUUUUAGACAAAAAAGAGCUGAUGUUGUACAUAGUCUAAAGUUUCAAAGAGAAAGGAUCACAGUUGUGCAUCUACCUCUUCGGAGCAAGUGGUUAUACGUGGGAUCAGAAAGGGGAAACGUGCAUUUCGUCAAUGUGGAAUUGUUUACCCUCUCUGGUUACAUAAUAAAUUGGAACAAAGCCAUUGAAGUGACCAGAUCAACCCAUCCUGGACCUAUUGUACACCUGAGCGAUAAUCCAGCAGAUUCCAGCAAGUUACUCAUCGGAUUUGAAAGUGGACUUAUGGUUUUAUGGGAUUUGAAAACCAAGAAGCCAGAAUGCCGCUGGCAGUGGAGCGAUUCGCUGAAAUCCAUCGAUUGGCACUUUGAAGGAAAACAGUUCACGUGCAGUCACAAUGACGGGAGUUUAACAACAUGGAAUGUUAAACCCUCAUCGAAACCGGCAAACAUAAUUUAUCCUCAUGCUAAAAAUAAAACAGACACUUGUAAACCAAUUCAAAAAGUCGAAUGGAAAUCAUCUAAAUCCGGUGAAUCGUAUUUGAUAUUUUCUGGAGGACUGACUGCCGAUACUGCUGGCAGAGUGCCCAGUAUAACUAUCAUGCAUGGGAAAACUACUACCGUUCUCGAAAUGGACCACAAUAUAGUUGAUUUUGUAACGCUAUGUGAAAGUCCUUAUAACAGUGAUGUUCAAGAGCCUUAUGCUAUAGCAGUGCUUAUGCAAAAUGACCUUGUACUAGUCGAUCUGCUCAGUCCUGGAUAUCCGUGUUUCGAAAAUCCACAUCCAAUGGACAUUCAUGAAUCGCCAGUAUCGUGUGUGCAUUACAUUGCUGACUGCCCAUCCGAUCUUAUUCCCGCAUUUUAUUCGGUUGGUUCAAGAUCAGCUUCUAAAAGAACUGGUUAUAGUGAAAAUAAAUGGCCCAUAUCAGGCGGGGAAUGGAGUCCUACGUCUUGUAGUUACAAUGAAAUUAUACUGACUGGUCAUACAGACGGCAGUGUUAGGUUUUGGGACGCUAGUGCUGGUAGCCUGCAAGUGUUAUACAAAUUAAAAACUGCCAAAGUGUUCGAAAAACCUCGUUGCAAAUCACCUGAAGGAACCGAUGAAGAUCAUUUUUCUGUGCAGCUAUUAUCCUUCUGCCCCGAAAGUAGAAAAUUAGCUGUUGCUGGCGUGUCAUCUUAUGUCGUAUUGUUCAAAUUCCGCAAGCUGGAGUCAACUUUCGAAACUACGACAUUAGAAAUACCGAUAUACUCUGAAAGUUUGGACGAAGCGGGGGAGAGUUCUCCAGAUGAAAUACCUUCUAAAAAUAUUACUUCUGAUGAAAGUACUUUACCAGUUAAAGUAAGAGUAGGUCCUCAGAAAAAGCCACCAGGUUUUCAAGCUUGUCUUGCGUGUGUUACUCCUUCGGUGAACGGAGAACCACCCGGACAAAUAACUGCAUUAACUAUUAAUUCCUCAUAUGGACUGUUGGCCUAUGGUCUGGAUAAUGGUAUUGUGAUAGUAGACUUUAUACAAAAAUGUGUUCUCUUAAACAUAAGUACUGCCGAUUUAUAUGGUAGCGCAGAUCCUUACCAAAGAGCUCCGAGGUCACCAAAAAGAACUACAGCAUUAAGUGAGACUAGUGACGGUGAACGGUGUAGAUCUCCUAGCAUUGACCAGGGUCUAGAAGACGAAGUGGAAGAACUGGAAGAAUUAAGUAAAUUAGCACUGAGUCCGGUAGGCGUGUAUUCAACCCAAGUAUCGCCGAAUCCAUCUGAUUGUCCUGACGAUUCGAUGGAAAAAGCGGAAGAAGCUUUAGUACUUAUACCGGCACCUCAAGAACAAUUAGAUGGGGAAGCGGCGGUGAUAGUAUCUGAAGAACCUGCAGUUACUCAACCUGUGACUGUGGCCAAAGGUAACGGUCGUCGAGCCAGUCAUUCGUGGCGUGGACUAAAAAAGCAGCUUAGCCGAGUAGACCUUAAACUUAAGAACACUUUUAAUACUACUACUAUAUCUGGCAAAAAAGCGUCAACCUUUUAUACAACUGGUCCGGGGAGUGAUCAGACAGACACAACUGAUGAUGGUGGAACUGGUACAGUUCCUCAAAUAAUAACUGAAACUGAGGCUCACGAGCUACAGCAAAAAGAUGGAGUCGGACAAGUGUCAAUGGUGACAGAUUUAGCUUCCUCGACAGUUACUAGACCAACAGAAUUGAAAUUAUUCGACCGGGAAGGUAAACCAAUUAAACCACCACGAUCUUCUAAAGAUCAUAAAAAGCGAACGUCCCUUGAUAAACAAACGCUCGUUACCUCUACUUCUGCUGCCAGAGAUUCCCGACUGUUAUCUGUGCCAAAUAUCAAGUACAGCCAUAAAGAUUUGAGACAUAACCGAUCCAACAACCAAGCCUUCAUCAACCUCAUGAAAAAAUUAAACAAGUUGGACAGCACAUUCUCUAGAUCUAGAAGUUCAAGCAUGUCAAGUUUAGAUAAUAUUACCACGGAGUCAAUACAAUGUUUGACGUUCGGUGAUUCUUACACGAAGAAAUCCGAUCCGUCUACCUUCCCUACCCUUUGGAUAGGUACCAGUGUGGGUUCGGUACUCACCAUAAUGAUCAGUUUACCCCCCUCCGGAGAGCCCAGAACUACGCAACUCGUAACCGUCGCACCUUGUGGCACAGUUUUCAGACUGAAAGGUGGAGUACUUACUAUGUCGUUCCUGGACUGCAACGGAGCUUUGAUACCUUACGCGUACGAAGCGUGGAGAGACGAAGGCCGAGACAAACAAAAAACGCCAACUAAAAAUACUAGUGGUCUCAACCGUAUGUCGCCAGCUUUAACUGGUAGUUCAGAAAGUGUGUCUAGCAACCCCGGCGGGUCCAGUUCCAAUGUGCCACAACUACAACAAUCUCAGAUGUCAUGCGAUAGACAGUUUGUCACCAUAGUCAGUGAAAAACAAGCUCGAGUGGUGGCCCUGCCUUCGCAGAACUGUGUCUAUAAACAUCAAAUAUCCGAUGCAGAUUUUGUAGUUAAAUCCGAAGUGAUAUCCGUCAAAGAUAGUGUGUGUCUGGCGUGUUACAUAUCUAAUGGUCACAUCAACGUAUUGAGUUUGCCAAGUUUGAGGCCGCUAAUGGACAUCGACUUUUUAGCGCUCUCCGACCUAAGUUUUCAGACCCAGAAACAGGGCAUAGUUGACCCAAUGUUAUCCAUAUGGGGCCAACAGAUGUUUGUCAAUGAAGACACUGACCAAAUCGCCAAGACAUUCUGCUUCAGUAACCGGGGACAUGGUCUAUUCCUAAACACUCCAUCGGAAUUGCAGAGAUUCUCGGUUUCCGCUGAAUUCUGUCAAAGUAUGCCGGAAAUGAUGGGCGAACUGUUCCAACCACACGAAAUGCCGGAACCGCCAAAACAAGGAUUCUUCAUUGGUCUAUUCGGUGGAGGAUCGAGAUCUAUUGAUCGCGAAGAACUAUUUGGAGAGUCAAGUAGCGGUAAAGCACCCAAAUUGGUAGCAAGACACAUACCAGGACCAUCUGCACAGUUAGAUGCACUUGCUGGUCGGUCCAGUACGGCAGCUAGUGAGAUAUCACGUGCUCAUCAAUUAGCUUUAGAACGUGGAGAGAAACUGAGCAAUCUCGAAGACAGAACAGCUAAGAUGAUGACUGAAGCUGAUCAGUUUUCUAACAACGCAAGGGAACUAAUGCAGAAGAAUAAGGAUAAGCGUUGGUAUCAACUGUAAUCAGACAUCAAUACGUUUUUUCGAUUUCUCUUUCUUUCUCUUGUUCUUAUAUAUUAUUAUACACUAAUAAUUAUUCACAUACUUAACGUUCUUCCAAAAUAAUAAUGAUAGUAAUAAUAAUAAUAAUAUUAAAUAUAAAACUAAAACUUAUUUAACUGCUGCAGCGAGUUAGUACUUAAAAUUUUGGCUUAAGAAAGAACAUAUUAUUAAUUAAUGUUUUUUUAUUACAUUUUCUUUGAUAGAACUAUGAUGUUAUAACCAAUUAGGUAUAAUCGUUCAUGUAAAUAAUUUAUUAAUAUGAGUAUAUAUGAUUUAUACAUUUUCAAUGUUUUAAAUGAAUUAAUUAAAAAAAAAAAAACAAAGAACACAAGCCAAUUUAAAAAAAAAAUAGCUGCCUUUAUCUUUAUAAUAUUAGUCAAAUGAUGAAACGGAAUUAAACAAUUUAAUUACUAUUGUGUACUCAUGAUAUAUGUAUGUAUGUAAAUUUAUAAUUUUUAUUUUUUGUAGAACUGGUUUGUUAUAAUAUCUGUUAUUUUAUUUUAUUAUAUUUUACUUCAAAAUCGGAUUAAAAUUAGUUACAGUUUGUAGGCUAGAAACUUUUUUUUAAUAAUUUCCUUAAAAAGUUAUCAUAACACGAAAAUGUAAUAAUAAUCGAGCUGAAAGUGUUAAAAGUAUAUAUAAAUAUAUAUAUAUGUUUACAAAGGGCUGUGGUUUUAGAAAUAAGUUAGUCAUAAAAAAUAUUAUAUUAUCGUGUUAUUAAGUGAAUAUAUACGAUAGAUUUAGGACACAUUUUUGUGAAUAUUUAUAGUGAUAGAUGUGUAAAAUAUUUAUAAAAUGAUUUUUACUGAGUAAAAAUCACGGUCUAAGUAUCUGUCUCAAUUACUUAGAUAUUAAUUUUUCGUUCAUAUUAUUAGCUCGCAGAAUUUUUGCACAUAAAUUAUGUAAGUCAUAUUAUAUUAUCUAUAUGUGAAUCACAUAUUCAGUAUAUAUAAAAAAUAUGAUACGAUUUGUGCCUUAAUGUUUGUAAAAUAGUCUAUAGUGUUGUAUAUUAUACAUUGAUAAUAACAAUCGAAUAAUUUUAUUGUCAAUUAAUACAUUUUUGACUUUAUUAUUAUGAAUAUUGUUGUGUAUAAUAUACAUAACACUCGCUUAGUUAAAACCUUUUAUCAAGACUUAAUUGAAAAAAAAAAUUGUUUCUCUUUUACUAAAUGUUCAUUGAUUUAUAAAGUUUUAAUUUUAUUCGUGUUAUUUUGAUUUCUAAAAAAUUUUAAUUUAUAUAUCUAUUUAUAUUAUUUAAAUUUCAGCGUCUAAAACUAUACCGCCCAAACAACAAAUAAACUAUUUUUUUAUUGUUGUAUGUCGAGUUAAGGUUAAUAACCAUUUACUAACUUUAACUUAGGACAUAACAAAAUUGUUGUUUGAUUUGUUUUAGUUCUCACAUUUAUUUGUAAAAUUUGACGAAUAUUAGUCAUUGGAAUUUUUUUUCGUGUAAUAACAUUUUAUCUCAUUUUGUGUUAACAUUCAUAACUCACUUUACUUUAUCUUGUUGAUAAUAAUAAAAAAAACAAUGUACUCCAAUUCUUUUUAUAGUACGAUGCUACUUUUAGAAUUUACAAACAUUUUUUAUACAGCUAGCCAUUAGUUGGUCGCCUUAAAUAGUAUAAUAUUAUUUUAGUGAACACAGUAUUUUAAUUUGUAUCAAAAAUUCUAGUUCUUAUAUUUGCCAUUUAUUGGCUGUUAACUUUCUCACUUCAUGUAAAUGUAUAUACACAGUGCCACAAAAACUGGAUGUACAAGGUGUGUAUAAAACAUGGACCCCACACCUACAUACAUUAGGUGGGGUUUACUAUUUUGAAACUAUGGUAAGAAGGAAGAGAGGGUACAAUCCUCACAUGGUAGUUGUGGCACAAUAUAUACAUGCAACAAAGCAAAAUACUAUAAUUAUGUAAUACAAAUCAUGCUAUUAUUAUUUUUUUUAAUUAUUAUUAUUUGUAUGAUAAAUUAUACGAGUUUAAUUAUUAUUGGU